AUGGUUACUCCUACCAAGACCAAGAAGUCGACCGUCGACGGAGUCAAGAAGUCUCCGGCCAAGGUGACCGCAAAGACAUUCACCAGAACUGAGAUCUAUCUUUACCAUGCCAUCAAGUACGGCGGUGCGACUUUCGAUUAUAAGGUCAUCGCCAAGGAACUUGAUGAGCGUCAUGAGGCCACCCGCAUGCGUAUGUCUCGUUUCAUGAAGGAAGUCGAGAAGUACCUGGCUGCCAAGAACGACCUGGCGCAGAGCACCUCUACCAACCCUGUCGACAUGGCUGAAGAGGCCCCUGCCGACAAAGCUGAAGAGGCCCCCGCCACCAAAAUGGACGAGGAUUAG